AUGGUCUGGCGGAAGUCCAACUUGAUCAUGUUUGCCCUCGGUGGCUUCAUUGCCCAUUCAUACGCUCAUCUCAUCUCUCCAGCAACUCCGACGCAAGACAUCAUCCACUGCGGUUCAAGUAUUGACAAAGCCCGCUCUCUGGGCUGUCACUUUGACAUCAUGUCAUAUGCCUAUUAUCCCGAUGCAUGCUGGGAUCCACAUCUCCACGACUCAUUUGUGCACAAGUAUCGCAGACAAUGGGAAUGGUCGACUCUGGAUAACGAGACUUUGACCGUCGACCAAGUUCUCACAGGCAAUUACAGCCACUUGCGCGCCAAGUCCGACUUUCAUCAACUACAUUGCGUCUACGAGUGGCAACGUUUGAUCCGCUCACUAUCGUUUGGACGACCCCUGGACUUCAAGGAUGGCGAUUUCGGUCACGCUCAUCACUGUUCCAUGGGCCUUUUGCAGCCACAAACGAAGGACGUCAGCGAUGGCGGUCCCACGUAUUUGGAGCUAAUUGUUUGGUUCGCCAGAUGCGGCAUGACAGCAGAUCAGAUGAUAGAAAAGAGCGGUCCGGACAUUCUAUGA